GGAGGCAUCCGGAAUUAUUUUCCAACGGACCAAGCACCCGGAAGUUAAGAGUUCUCAACGUUCAUGUGGCUCCAUGACAACAAAGUGUCUGUGAACAUUUAUACUAGUAAGAACUAACAAAUACAAGACUCAACACAAACCAUGUCCGACAACGAGGAUAACUUCGACGACGGAGAUUUUGAUGAUGCCGAAGAGGAUGAGGGAUUGGAUGACCUGGAAAACGCGGAAGAUGAGGACCGUGAGAACGUGCAGAUCCUUCCCGCCGGAGAGGGGCAGCAGGCCAACCAGAAGAGGAUCACAACACCUUACAUGACCAAAUAUGAGAGAGCCAGAGUGCUGGGGACACGAGCUCUCCAGAUAGCGAUGUGCGCUCCAGUCAUGGUGGAGCUGGAGGGAGAAACAGACCCCUUGCAAAUAGCUAUGAAAGAGCUCAAGAGCAGAAAGAUCCCCAUCAUCAUCCGCAGGUACCUUCCUGAUGGGAGCUACGAGGACUGGGGCUGUGACGAACUCAUCGUAACUGAUUAAACUACUCAUCCAGUCUGCACUGAUCAGGUCAGUCAGCUACACAAACCCAGAGGACUCCUAAGGCCGAUAUCACCGAGCAUCACCCACCUGUUCACGCCUCAAUUUGAUCCACAAACAUCCAGCACGUCAGCUGACUCUGUGAGUCAGUGAAAUAUGAAAACAUGAAUUGUUCUGAACAGACACUAGAAGACUCAUUAAAAUCAUAACAGUGUGUUGCUUGCAGGUUUAUAAUCCUGUCAUCUGACUUGUUACGUUCUCAGUCUCAUCGUGUUACACAACUCCAGUUAAAAUCUACAGUGCUUCUUUUACUUCUUUAACAGUUGCAUUAUAACUAAGAGCCACAAGGGGGAAAUGUAACUCAAGUCAAACAUUUACUUUGUUUUACAAAAUCAUCCUGUGUUAUUAUUAAUUAUUCCAUUUGUUAUUUUGAAGGAGAGAGGUGAUUAGUGUGUAAAAAAGAAAAACUGUUUUAUUGUUAUUAAUAAACUCUUUUGUAUAAAUGA